CUGUCUUUCCAUUUAGAUCUGAAAGUUAUCUAACUGCUAUUAACAUUGCAGCAGAAGUGGCUGUGGUAUUUCAUGGACUCCCCUGGAGGCAAGAUCCAAAGUCUGUGUAAUCUAAACAUGCCUCACUUUAGCUUCUCACUGAGAUUGAAGGCUCUGUGUAAUCCUUGGUAUUUAUUGCCUUCCAGAUUCCACUCUGUAAGCAUCAAUAGUUUAUAUUUCAUCCAGUAUUGCCAGCAAACUGUAAGCUAAGUUUACAAAUGUGUCAUUUGAGAUAUUUUUCAGCUUUUGACACAGCUCACCACCCACAAAUGAGUAAACGAGGCCAAAAUGUCCAAGUCAGCUUCUCUUCAGCAGAGAGAUAAGGCCAAAAUCAGCCUCAUCACACACUCCACACAUUGCUGAGCUGUGCAGUGGAGAAAGGGGCGAAGUAAAGCAGGUGCCCAGCUGUGGCAAGGUGCCACACCUUUGAUUCAGCUCUCCAGGUCUGAUUGCGAUUCUGAGACUUAACUGCUUGUGACUUGGGUUUGAACAUGAGUACCCAGCCACACACUGUGACCAAGGUAGAGAUCCCUGGCCAUGUUCUUUACACCGUAGGAACAUGUGUGCUCAUUAUUGGCUCCAUUGGCAUCAUCGGAAACCUCCUAGUCCUCUACGCAUUUUACAGCAACAAGAAGCUGAGGACUCCCCAAAACUACUUUAUAAUGAAUUUAGCUGUGAGUGACUUCCUGAUGUCGGCUUCUCAGGCACCCAUGUGCUUUGUCAACAGCUUGCACAGAGAAUGGAUACUUGGAGACAUAGGCUGUAACCUGUAUGCUUUCUGUGGGGCUCUCUUUGGGAUAACCUCAAUGAUGACUCUGUUGGCUAUCUCUGUUGACCGCUACCUGGUGAUCACAAAGCCCCUGCAGUCCAUCCAGCGGACUUCCAAGAGACGCACCAUGCAGAUCAUCGCUCUAGUGUGGCUCUACUCGCUGGGAUGGAGCGUGGCUCCGCUCCUCGGCUGGAGUUCCUAUGUGCCUGAGGGCUUGAUGAUAUCCUGUACGUGGGACUAUGUAACCUACUCCCCAGCAAACAGAAGCUACACCAUGAUUUUAUGCUGCUGCGUGUUUUUUAUCCCCCUGGUAAUAAUAUUCCACUGCUAUUUAUCAAUGUUCCUGGCCAUAAGGCGUACUGGCAGGUAA